AUGGAGCCAGAAUCUGGGGUCAAUGGAACAACUGAGUUCAUCCUGCUGGGUUUGGUGGAGACGCCAGGGCUACGACCAGUUGUCUUUGUACUCUUCCUCUUUGCCUACCUUGUCACUGUCGGGGGAAACCUCAGCAUCCUGGCAGCCAUCUUGGUGGAGCCCAAACUCCACACCCCCAUGUACUUCUUCCUGGGGAACCUGUCAGUGCUGGACAUUGGGUGCAUCACCGUUACCGUUCCCUCGAUGUUGGGUCGUCUCUUGUCCCACAAGCGCACAGUUCCUUAUGCAACCUGCCUCUCACAGCUUUUCUUCUUCCACCAGCUGGCUGGUGUGGACUGCUUCUUGUUGACAGCCAUGGCCUAUGACCGAUUCCUGGCCAUCUGCCGACCCCUCACUUACAGCACCCGCAUGAGCCAGACGGUCCAGAGGGUACUGGUGGCUGUGUCCUGGGCUUGUGCCUUCUCAAAUGCACUGACCCACACUGUAGCCAUAUCCACACUCAACUUCUGUGGUCCCAAUGUCAUCAACCACUUCUACUGUGACCUCCCGCAGCUCUUCCAGCUCUCCUGCUCCAGCACCCAGCUCAACGAGCUGCUGCUCUUUGGUCUGGGUGUCCUCAUGGCAGGUGCACCUGUGAUUCUCAUUGUCUCCUCCUACAUCCAUGUGGCAGCUGCAGUCCUGCGGAUCCGCUCAGCGGAGGGCAGGAAGAAAGCCUUCUCCACAUGUGGCUCCCACCUCACCGUGGUGGGCAUCUUCUAUGGCACAGGUGUCUUCAGCUACAUGCGGCUGGGCUCCGUGGAGGCUUCGGACAAGGACAAGGGGAUUGGCAUCCUCAACACCGUCAUCAGUCCCAUGCUGAACCCACUCAUCUAUAGCCUCCGGAAUCCUGAUGUGCAGGGCGCCCUAAGGAGGGUGCUCAUGGGGAAGCGAGCCUUUGCAUGA